AUGUGCACCGGUGUAUGCAUGUGUAGGCGUCUGCCCGUGCGUGCUGCUCUUGCAGCACUCUGCCCCUCCCCUCUUACCUUCCUCCCCCCCCUCUCCCUCUCUCUCGCUCACUGCCAAUCGGCCGCACGACCUACGUCCACGUCCUUCUAUCUGUCGAAGGUGUUUCCGUGCUUGGAUGUGAAGGAGCAACGCAACAAGGGACGCAAAUCACAAGACGCGCAGUGUUGCAACAUACAGAGAAAAGGAAACCCACCCACCCGCUCGCCUGCUUACUCGCACAGGCACUCGACGGUGCUCCACCAUCGACGUGAGCUAGACAAGGACACCCACACCCACACACACGCGGUCAUACAACAAGGAGGCAACAUGGGCAUCAUAUUGAACAUGAGCGUGUAUGGUCUCAUGAUCAUCCCGCUAGCCGCCAUGGUGAAGGGGCACAACAUCUCGCUGAGGAGACUGGCGAAAUUGAGCAUUGUGAUGGCCGCGGUGCAGCUAGCGCAGUCCACCAUCACCAUGGCAGUGCCACCUGACGUGGUGGCGGCGCAGGUUUGCGUGCAGGGCGCGCUGCUGCCGCUGGUGACGGUCGCGUUUUGUUUCUUCAUCUUGAACGACGCCAAGGCGGUAAAGGUGAUGCACCUGCACGACUGCGGAGACGGCGAUACAGGUGCGGCGGUGGCGACGAUGUGGUGCCUGUGCUACACAGUGCUCUUCCGCUGGUUCCCGUGGUACCACUCGAUGUCCAGCCGCGGCUUCGAGGCGGCCAACUUGGCGUCUGGCGCCGAGGCAUACCUUACCCUUAUCACGAUGCUUGCUAUGUGCCGGAGCUUCACUACCGGGCAGCCUGUGGCCGCGACGGCUGCGUGGGGCCUGCACGUCGUCGGUGCCGUUGCUGGCGCCGCGGCAGGCAUGCCGAUGGCGGGUACUGUCUUGACGACUGCCUUGAUGACGGCGGCGUCGGCCACUGCCUUCCGUGCCCCGGCGGAGGGGAGGGGGAACAAGGAAGAUUAG